UUACUAUGUCACUAUCAUUUUAUGCUAUUAAAAUAGACAUUUUAAAAAUUAAAUUGCUGCUAAAUUGUUCUUAUAAAAUGAGACGGAGGGAGCAUAAAUUUUCUCAUUACCUGUAGCGCGCAUAGCAAAUUUAGCAAUAGAUAUUUGAGGCAAAUUUAGAAGAGCAAAUAAAAACUUUGGGCAAUAUAACUGAUAUUGCAUUCUCUAGGGCCAUUCUACAAUAUAUGACAAGUAUAUGAGCCCACCGAUUACCAAUUCGGGCACCAAAAGAUAUUCCCGCUCAUUUCCUCUCUAAUCACUAUAUAAUAGUAAGUCACACUGAUACAUACGCUGAAUCCUUCACAAUUCACAAAUGUCUUCUCUUCCCUCUUGAUACUACAAACACUUUCCCUCCCUUUUGGGUCAAAUUCUUCAAGUCCAAGGUUAUUUGAAUUACGACGGAGACUAAUCAAGGUAAAGGUGAAACUUCUGUAUAGUGGAAGAGAAGGAAGUAGAGGAAACUGGAGGUGCAUGAGGUGGUGAAAACGGUUAAGCAUCUUUCAAAAAAAAAUAUCUGGGUGUUUGUGAAAUAAGGAAAAGUAUUUGAUUUUUAGCCUUGUUACUUCUGAAAGGGAGUUUUUAUAGGCUGUACCAGGGGAAGUGUAUAACUUUGUUAAGAAUGGAGUCUUUAUGGAAGUUAGUGCAUUUGCUUGGACCAUCACACAUUGCUCUUAUUCUGACUGCCAUAGCCGUGUCAUAUGAAUCUGCGUUCCGGGCACUAAACUAUGUCAAAGAAAUGGAGAGAAAUCUUGAUUUGUCUGAAGCAUCAGUCACCUUAGACAGGUCUCAAGCUCUUAUGCUCCCGGUAGUGAGCUCUUGCAGCUUGCUUAUGUUGUUCUAUUUUUUCUCUUCUGUCUCACAGUUCCUCACUGUGUUUAUUGCAAUUGCCUCAACAUCAUCUCUUUACUUUUGCCUAUUCCCUUAUAUUGCCCAAAUCAGGUCUCGUUUCGGCUUAGCUGACCCUUUUAUAUCUCAAUGUUGUUCGAAUCCAUUUACUAGGAUCCAAGGCCUUCUGAUGUUGCUAUGCAUUGUCAUGGUAAUAAUGUGUCUUGUCUCUGGGCAUUGGAUACUGAAUAAUUUGUUGGGCAUCUGUCUUUGUAUUGCUUUUGUGAGCCAUAUUCGCCUUCCUAACAUUAAGAUUUGUGCAAUGCUCUUUGUAUGCGUUUUUGUAUAUGACAUAUUUUGGGUUUUCUAUUCCGAGAGAUUCUUUGGCGCAAAUGUCAUGGUGUCUUUAAUAACCCGGCUAGCAUCCAAUCCUGUACACACAGUGGCGAAUAGUUUGAGCCUUCCUGGAUUGCAGUUGAUAACCAAAAAAGUCAACUUGCCUGUCAAGAUUAUUCUCCCCAGAAAUUUACUGGGUGGUGUAGUGCCUGGAUAUGCUGCUGAUGACUUCAUAAUGUUGGGUCUUGGUGACACGGCUAUUCCUUCUAUGCUUUUAGCAUUGGUUCUCUGUUUUGACCAUAGGAAGAGCAGGGGCUCUGAAAACUUCUCGGAUCUACCACUUCGAAAGGAGGAUAUAUCAUCUCCAAAGGGGUUUAAGUACAUAUGGUAUGGCCUAGCAGGAUAUUCAAUUGGGCUGGUUACUGCCUUAGCAUCUGGUAUUUUGACUCACUCGCCACAACCAGCACUUCUAUACUUGGUACCAUCAACUUUGGGGCCGAUAAUUGUCAUAUCAUGGAGGAGAAAGGAACUAGCAGAGCUGUGGGAAGGAUCACCACCAAACAUAAAUGAGAAAACUCAUUUUGCAGAAGUCUGAGCCCUUGCAUUCCCCACAUGAAGCUUCAGCUAGGAGGGCGCAUCGAAACCUGUAAAUUUACUUGGUAUAAUUACAACCCCAUCUGUUGGAUAUUUGUACAAUUUUUUGGACCAUUCAAGUCUUGUGUAAUACAAGGCCUCCAUGAUUGAGACAGCAACAAGCCUCAGACUUGUAUUUCAGUGACAAAUGCUAAUAUUUCUAGUAGUGGAGUUA